UAGUUUUAUACAAUCAGUUGAGUUCAAUUUUAGUAGAUCAAACAUUUUAAAUCACAAGUAUACUUUUGUACUGAGAUUAUCUAUUAAAAAACAAACGCAAAUUUUAAGUGUAAACCAAAUAUGAUUGAACUAAAUUUCAUAUAUGUUUUAGCCACGGCCUUUAUUGUUGUCAGUCUCUCACACUUGGAGUUGUCCUCAGAUGCUGUGCCCCUUCAGUCGCAUCCUUCAGGUGUGCACAUUCAAGAUUUGCGCAAGCAACCAGAUUUGUAUGCAGCGGCCAGCAAUCAGAACUUGAAUGUCGUCCAAAAGAACACUACGCUCGAUAAGACAAAAGAAAAGAUGAGAGUUCAUGUGCAUCCGGCACUGACCACCAAGUUUAUGGAAUUUGUGGCGCAGGCACAGAUGAGGGAAGGCGAGGAAACGGAUGAACCUCCCGAUGGAGCAUCUGAUAAUGGAGUCGAUGAUUCUACAGAUGCAGGAGCAGGUGGCGGUGGAGCAGGCGGCAGUGGAACUGGCGGCAAUGGCACUGACACUGGCGGCACCAAGGGUCACGAGAUUACCAUAUCGGUGCCGAAAUUCCAUAAGGAUCACAUGGGCAACUGGAUUUACCAUGUAUGGGGUGCCACCUAUGGCAAUUUGUGGGGCGACACACGAUUCAACAAUGCACAGUUCACCAUACCACGCAUUCGCGUCGAUUCAAAUGCAUCCAUCAACUACUAUCCCGAUGGUCCCCGUUCGACUGUUUGCAUGGGAUCAACAAUCUACAAUGUUCCGGCUGUCCAAAAUUGGCUGAGACGCAAUGUCUAUACGGAGGUGCAUAAACAUCCAACCUUGUUGGAUCCACUCCGGCAACAGAUCUACAAAGAAGGCAGAUCCGAGGAGUGUCAUGAUCCCGAAAAGUAUUCCAAAUGGAAGGAUUAUCAGGAGUGUGCAAUGCGACGCAAUCAGCGCAUGGAAUAUUACAUUCCCAAAUAUCCGCUACAUCAAAUUGGCUUCAAAGGCUCCAAGGAAGGUGCCAAGCAUGCAUAAUUCAAACAUUGUCAAUUCGUACACUACAAGAAUGUUUCGAGCCUGGAAUUUCUUUUGAAAUAAUUGCAUUAAUAAUAUAAUAAUAUGUUGUAUAUUUGGAAAUAGAUUAUUGUGAUACCAUUUCGUAUUUGCACUGAAAGAAAAGUUAAACUCUUA